AUGACUAUGACAUCUUCAUGGGCAGAAGUGAAAAAAUGCAAUAUAGGUUGGAUGGCUUCAUACAAUAAUCCCACUCCUAUAGAAUUCUUUCACUUGCUUUCACCAUCACACAAAUCCAGUGCGUUUGGAAAACAUAAUGUGCUUCUCAGCCAGGCUAUUAAAUGUUAUGAGGAUCCAGUCAAGCAGUUGGAACUAGAAAAAAUAAAAGAAACAGCUGAUUGUCAUGCAGACUGGAAUGUGUGGUUGAUAGAGAGAAAAGCAAAAGAGAAAGGUUGCAAUAAUGUCAAUGAGGAAGAGUGUGAAGAAUUUGCAGAUAGGAACAAGAUAAUCAUACAUGAUAUUCUCAAUGAUAUUCUUUUGGCAUCUCAAGCUGAAAAAGAUGUCUUAGAUAUAUACUGUUCCAAAUUCAGCCAUUGUUCAGUUAUGGAUCUUCAGUUAAAUUCAGAAUUCUCCCUUUUUUUAGAUCAGGAAUUGCAAGAACGGAUAUUACAUGAAGUUUUUGAUACAAUAGAUAACGAUUAUGUUACAGAUGAAAUACAUAAUUUUCUCACUGAUUUUUUUAAUGCUAAUCAUGGAAAGGAAGGUUGGUGUGAUGCAAUUCGGAGUAUAGCAAUUGAUGAAAAUUACUCAAAGAUGUCAAGCAACUAUUAA